AUGAAUAUCGCACGGCCUAACGGAACCGAGGUCACCUCCGUGGCUUUCUCUUUUUACGAUGCGGAGGAGAUCAAGCAGAUCUCGGUGAAGCAGGUUGUCAAUCCCGUUCUCUUUGACAACUUGAACCACCCCACAAAAGGAGGUCUCUAUGACCCAGCCCUUGGUCCUUUCUCAAAACACCAUGUCUGCGCUACGUGCUCCCUGGAUCACUUCUCCUGCCCAGGACAUUUCGGACACAUCGAGCUACCAUGUCCCGUAUACAACCCCAUGUUCUUCCCACAGAUGUACCAGGUGCUUCGUUCAUCUUGUUUAUUCUGUCAUCACUUCAGGAUGUCCAAGAGCGAGACCCACCGAUUCAUUGCCAAGCUCCAGUUGUUGAACCACGGACGCUUCUUGGAAUCAAAAGACGUCGAUGGCAUCUCUGUCGUGGGUAAAAAGAACAGACACACAAGCAGCGAUAUGGAAGUGGAUGGCGAAGAGGAAGAAGUGCUUGGAGAGGACGAAUACAUCGCUAGACUGGAUGCUUAUGUUCAACAGUGUCUGAGAAAGACCAUUCACGGAGACGAGGACUAUAAGACAACUGUCGUUAGUGAUGAGCGCAGGCGUGUUAUCGCUGAAUUUUACCGCCGCGCUACCGCCAAGAAAAAGUGCGAGAACUGCGCAAGUUUCUCACCUUCCUUCCGCAAAGACGGAUUCGCAAAGAUUUUCGAGAAGCCCUUGACCAAGAAGCAGCAGCUUUAUAACACAGCCCAGGGACGCACUCAGACCAACGUCCUCGUCGCACCCCUCAAGAAGGCAUCUGGAAGCAGCGACUCUGAAUCUGCGUCUUCCGAACACACCGAGGACGAGGAUGAAGAUGACGAGGACGACGCCGACAUGUCUUCCGAAUCGGAUGCGGGCACCAAGAAGAAGCAGACAAAGAAGACCAAGGCUACCAAGACGAAAAAGUCGAGAAACAUUGUUGACAGCGACGAUGAGGAUGCGAUGGAACUUAAGGACAACAACAAAUAUCUCACUCCCCUCCAUAUCCGCAACACCCUUCGUCGCCUUUUCGAUAUUGAGCAGCAGAUGUGCGCUCUUUUGUAUGGAGCCAACGGUCCCAGGAUGCAGAAGAAGCAUUCCAAGGCCGUCGUGGCAGACAUCUUCUUUCUUGAAAUUCUUCCCGUGGCCCCCACUCGCUUCCGCCCUGCUUCAGUCAUGGGAGACAAACUGUUUGAGAACCCCCAGAACGAGCAUUUGGGCAAGAUCCUCAACACAUGCGAGCGCAUCCGCGAUUUGACUUCCACCAACAAGGCUGACGAGGCUAUUCUCAAGAAUCAAAAGCAGAACUCCUUCAAGUACUUGAUCGACGCGUGGAUCCAGCUGCAGCACGAUGUCAACUCACUCAUCGACUCGACCAAGAACCCCGUCGUCAUGCGUGGAGGCAAGCUGCCCCCUGCUGGUAUCCGACAAGGAUUGGAGAAGAAGGAGGGUCUUUUCCGUAAGCAUAUGAUGGGUAAGCGCGUCAAUUACGCUGCCCGUUCCGUUAUUUCGCCCGACGUCAACAUUGAGACCAAUGAGAUCGGUAUUCCACCCGUCUUUGCCACAAAGCUCACCUACCCUGAGCCUGUCACACAUUACAACGUUAAGGAGAUGAGGCGUGCCGUCAUCAAUGGUCCCUCCAAGUGGCCCGGCGCAGCCUACGUACAGCACGAGGAUGGCGCCUUGUCCUCGCUUGCCAACUUAUCGCUGGAAUCCAGAAUCGCCCUCGCCAACCAGCUUCUGACUCCCCAGGACUCUCACAGCGGCGUUUCGACCAUUUCGCCUUACCCUACCCGUACGCAACCUACGAACAAGAAGGUCUACCGCCACCUGCGCAACGGCGAUCUUUUGCUGCUCAACCGUCAGCCAACUCUUCACAAGCCCUCGAUCAUGGCUCACAAGGCCCGUAUCUUGCCCGGAGAGCGUACAAUUCGUAUGCACUAUGCUAACUGCAACACCUACAACGCCGAUUUCGAUGGUGACGAGAUGAACGUCCAUUUUCCCCAGAACGAGAUCGCAAGAGCCGAGGCGAAACUGAUUGCCAACACAGACUCGCAGUAUUUGGUUCCUACCUCCGGUGCACCUCUCCGUGGUUUGAUUCAAGAUCACGUUGUUGCCGGUGUGUGGAUGACGAUCCGCGGUUCUUUCUUCACCCGCGAGGAGUACCAGCACUUGCUCUAUGGUGCCCUUCGCCCCGAGGUCGAUAACACUGGCAAUGGCAAAAUUCUGACGCUGUCCCCUUCUAUCUUGAAGCCUGUUCCCCUGUGGACCGGAAAGGACGUGAUCACUGCGAUCUUGCACAACCUUACAAUCGGCCGGCCACCACUGAACAUGACUGCCGGCGCCCAGGUCAAAGCCCAGUACUUUGGCAAGGGUGGCGAGGAAGAAGCAGUUGUACAGAUCAUGGACGGUAUCUUGGUUACAGGUGUUCUCGACAAGGCUCAAUUUGGUGCCAAGUCGUACGGUCUUGUUCAUAGCUGCUACGAGAUCUAUGGGGGCGACAUUGCCGGAAAGCUGCUUAGUAUCUUGGGUCGUCUUUUCACCCGCUGGACCCAGCGCUGGGCCUUCACCUGUCGUAUGGAUGACUUGCGUCUGACGCCCGAGGGAGACAAGUGGCGCCGAGAUCUCCAGGGCGGCGCUAAGCAAAUCGGUACCAAGGCUGCGCUCAAGUAUGCCAAGAUGGAGUGCUCGAUCGAACAACUGAGUGCCAGUAAGAAGUUGCAGAAGGAGUUCAAGAAUAAGUUGGAGGUUGUGUUGCGCUCAGAUGAACAGCUGGCAGGGUUGGAUGCUACCAUGAAGUCGACUGUGAACGAGCUGACGACAUCGGUCCAAAAUGCCUGUAUCCCCAACGGAUUGUUGAAGAAGUUCCCCCAUAACAAUAUGCAGACCAUGACAGUGUCUGGUGCCAAGGGAUCAUACGUUAAUGUAACCCAAAUUUCCUGCGCUCUCGGUCAACAAGAGUUGGAAGGUCGCCGUGUGCCCAUUAUGGUCUCUGGAAAAUCAUUACCCUCAUUCGCUCCCUUCGACACGUCGGCUCGUGCAGGAGGCUAUAUUGCCGGUCGUUUCUUGACUGGCAUUCGUCCUCAGGAGUACUACUUCCAUUGCAUGGCCGGAAGAGAAGGUCUAAUCGAUACCGCCGUCAAGACUUCCCGUUCCGGAUACCUUCAGAGAUGUUUGAUCAAGCAUCUGGAAGGUCUCAAGGUUGGAUAUGACCAGACUGUCCGCGACUCUGACGGCUCUAUUUUGCAGUUCCAUUAUGGCGAGGACUCGCUUGAUGUUAUCAAGCAGGCUCACAUCAACCAGUUCAAGUUCAGUGCCGAGAACUCGCUGGCGCUCAUUGCCAAGUACAGACCCGCUCAAGUCCUGCCACUGUUAGACCAGGUCGAGGCCAUGGCGCACAACAAGAAGGUCGCACGCAAGCCUUACAAGUAUGAUCCUACUCUCAGUUUGUUUUCUCCCAGCUCCCAUGUCGGUGCUGUCAGUGAGGCCUUUGAGAGGAAGUUGACCGAUUAUGUGGAGAAGAACCCCGACGGUAUCAUCCAGAGCCCUGGCGACCCUGCCACCAAGAAGUCUGAGCGCUACAAGGGAUUGGACAAGAAGAAGUUUAAGGCCAUGAUGUACCUCCGAUACAUGAACUCGCUUGUUGAACCUGGUGAGGCCGUCGGGCUUCUGGCAGCCCAGGGUGUUGGAGAGCCCUCGACUCAGAUGACGCUGAACACGUUCCAUUUCGCCGGUUUCGGAGCCAAGAACGUCACGCUUGGUAUUCCACGUCUUCGUGAGAUUGUCAUGACGGCCUCGACCAAACUGAAGACGCCAACUAUGACCCUGAACAUCAAGCCCGGAGUCACUGAGAGUCAGCUACAGUCGUUCUGCCAAGAUACCUCGCGUUUGACACUCACACAGCUGAUCGAUAACGUGCAGGUGACCGAGCGCUUGAUCUCCAAGUCUGCUGCCACGAACCAGAAACGCCACAAGGUGUUUGCUAUCCGCUUGAACCUCUUCCGCGAGGAUGAAUACCAGGCCGAAUAUGGCGUCACCUCGGACGAUGUUGAGAGGGUGAUUGAGCUCCAGUUUAUCAAGAAGUUGGAGACGGCGAUCUUGCGCGACCUCCGCCGGGUGUACCGCAAGACUAAGGGCACGAGCGAGGACGAGAUUGGCAAGCCUAGCAAGGCCAAGGACGCAGCUGCCGCUAACGAGGAUCGUGAUGACGAAACUGAGAUUUCGCGCCGUGAUGCUGGUGGUGAUGAGAGCGAUGACGGUGAUGGCGACGCCACUUCAGAGAAGCUCUCCAAGAGGAGUAAACAGCAGGCGUCAUACGAAGAGCCAGACUCGGACGACGAGGACGUGAUCAAGUCGGCAGAUAAAGCAAUGAAGGAACUCGAUGGCGAGGACUCUGAUGUGGACUCUGAUUCGAGCGACGAUAGCGAGGAUGAGGUGGAGGACGAGGCUGACAAGCGCAGGCGUCUGGCGCGCGAGGCUAAGCAGGCGGAGAAGCGUGGUAAGGUGGCGGAGAGCAGCCGCAAGGAGCGUGAGGAGCGCAUCUGCUCCGCAAGCCCGUACGUCAAGAAGUACUCGUUCGAUAGCCAGCAGGGUUCGUGGUGUGAGAUCGAAAUGCAGUUCCCUGCAGACACCAAGAAGUUGCUGAUGGUCAACUUGGUUACCGCAGUGGCUCCUACAUGCAUUGUACACGAGAUCAAGGGCAUCGAGCGCGUGUUCAUGUCUGAGGACGAGAAGGGCACGCCCCAGAUUGCGACGGAGGGUGUGAACCUAAAGGGUAUCUGGGAGUACUCGGACUUGAUUGAUGUCAACUCGAUCUACUCGAACGAUAUUGGGGCCAUCUUGAGGACCUAUGGUGUCGAGGCAGCUCGCACGGCAAUCAUUCAGGAAAUCAGCGGUGUUUUUGGUGCAUACGGUAUUGAUGUCGACCGGCGCCACUUGACUCUGAUUGCAGACUACAUGACGUUUGAGAGUGGAUUCAAGCCGUUCAACCGCAUGGGUAUUGAGUCGUCGACUUCGCCGUUCUUGAAGAUGUCGUUCGAGCGUACGUGUCAUUUUCUGACACAGGCAACCCUCCACGGAGAUUACGACGGAUUGGACUCACCAUCGGCGCGUCUGGUGAUGGGCAAGGUCGUUGAGGGAGGCACAGGCGCCUUUGAUGUGAUGCAGCCCUUGGUUCCUGAGACGAUGAAUGUCUAA